AUGGCAUCCUCAGUCUCAUUCCCUCGAUCGGAAAUGGUCCAAGUCAAUACCAUUUCACAGCAUGAACCAACCAUCUCACAAACAAUAACCCGUAUCAACGCAGCCUACGACUGGACAGGCCCCAACGAUCCCUCCAACCCCCGAAACUUCUCCCUCCUCACAAAAACACUCAGCAUAGCCUCCAUAACAUCCCUCGCCUGGGCGUCCUGUUUCGCAGGCGCUAUAUACGCCCCAGCCCAAACCGCCGUCAGCCAUGAAUUCCAUCAAGGCCGUUUACCUUCUGUUCUACCUCUAAGUCUGUAUAAUCUCGGCAUGGCGUGCGGUCCACUCGUUGGAGCACCGCUAUCUGAGACUUAUGGACGCAAGACGGUGUAUGUCGCUACCACGCCUAUCUUCCUUGCUUUUCUGCUAGGAUCGGGCUUUGCGAAUGGUAUCGUGAGUUUAUCGAUUUGUCGGUUCUUUGCGGGCAUGUUUGCAUCGCCGAAUGUGAAUAAUACGUCUGCUACGAUAAUGGAUUAUUGUGCGCCAAGAUAUCGUGGUGCGAGUUUGGGGAUAUACUACUCUAUACCCUCGCUUGGAGCAGCUGUUGGACCUCUUGUUGGGGGGUUCGUUGAGAGGUCUUUUGGGUGGCGGUGGACGCAGUGGGUUGCUGUUGUGAUAACGUGUGUUCUUUAUAUCCCGGUUUUGUUCACGAGGGAGACUUAUAAGAAGGUUGUUUUGCGAAGACGAGCUAUCAGAAUGGGUUUGGGUGAUAGCUCGUCUCAACACACAACUGUUGCUAGGACGAUUCGACACUUCUUUACGGUUCUCAUCCUUCGGCCGCUUCAUAUGCUGUUCACUGAACCAAUCGUCACUCUGCGCAACAGGCGAGUCCCUUUCAUAUCUGGGUAUAACUCUCGGCACCCUUUUGGCCUGUGCCCCCUUCGUCCUAAUCGACUUCUUAUACUAUCAAAAGCGCCUUAUGCACUGGAACCAGACCCAUGA